GCUUUCUUGCUGUACAGCAAGGGGCAGGAGACGCUCGACCCGGAAACCUUCGACAGGAUGAAGGGCGAGAUGCGCAAGAUGGGUGUGGAGGUGCAGAAGGCUGGCAGCAGAGCGCUGGAGCAGACCCUCAGCAUCACCUCGGACCGUCUGCAGAAUGACCUCGGCGAGGUGGACCUCAUUCUGCGGGUCCCCACGGAUGUGGGCUGGGCCCUGGGGCUGGCCGCCGUGAAAGACGCCGGUGACAGAGCAGCGGUUUCGUGGGAGUCAGCAGUGAAGAGGCGAGCCGUCAUACUUGCACCGCGCGCGUGCACCAGGGCGUGCCACAAGGGGCAGUUCCUCGAGGACGCCGUCGUUCGGAUGCACGGAGCGGCCGCGGGUGCUCACGUCCUGCUGGACAUCCAGCACCCCGAGCACCCGUGGGUGGGGCGGCAGGACGCGAUUGAACAUUACGCGAUCUGCCGUUCCUACCAUGAUUGCUGCCCACGAUACCUGGGCCUCCGGCGCCCGUCUAUGGAGCACGCUCCGGAGGACUUCGUCGGCAUCGCCCGGUCCUCGCUGGCUUCGUGGGGCAACCCGUCGUCGACGGAGGCGGAGAAGAGCGCUUUGAGGGCGAUUUCCAUCCACUCCUUGCACACGACGCAAGCGCAGGUCCGCCACGGAUUUCGGGAGGCCGAGGCCGCGAACGUUUCCCGAGGUCCACGGAGCUGA